GGGGAGCGCGCGCUGCAUCCCUUCUUCCUUCUCCUCCUCAGCAGCAGCAGCAGCACCACCAGCAGCAGCAGAAGCAUCAUGCCGGCUCCUCUACUAGGAGAAGUGUUCCCUAACUUUGAAGCCGAGACCACCAUCGGGAAAAUCAGACUCCAUGACUAUCUGGGAGACUCCUGGGGCAUCCUGUUCUCGCACCCGCGGGACUACACGCCGGUCUGCACCACUGAGCUGGGCCGAGCAGCCGCCAUGAGUCCACAGUUCGCUAAGCGCAAUGUGAAGAUGAUCGGUUUGUCCCUGGACAGUGUUGAGGAGCACCACGGCUGGAGUAAGGACAUCCUGGCCUACAAUAAUGACGAGACCGUCUCCAUCUUCCCGUUUCCCAUCAUAGCAGAUGGAAAGCGUGAGCUGGCAGUGCAGCUGGGCAUGCUGGAUCCGAAUGAGAUCGAUCAGAGCGGUAUUCCCCUGACUGCCCGAUGCGUGUUUGUGAUCGGUCCUGAUAAGAAGUUAAAGCUCUCAUUGCUCUACCCCGCCACUACGGGGCGCAAUUUUAACGAGAUUCUACGAGUGAUUGAUUCCUUGCAGUUAACGGCCAAUCAGCGGGUGGCGACGCCUGUAGACUGGCAGCCUGGAGAUCGGGUCAUGGUUCCACCUAACAUCCCUGAGGAAGAAGCCAAGAGCCUGUUCCCUGCUGGAGUUUACACUAAAGAGCUUCCGUCUGGGAAGAAAUAUCUGCGCUACACACCACAACUGUGAACAGUGGAACCUGGACAAACCCUCAGACGAAACCUCAGACGAACCCAAACCACCCCUCAGAGGACCAAAACCCUGGACGAGACUGAGAGACCAAACACAAACUGAUGACAUAGACAAACAUGCAGGACACUGAAAAUCUGUCGAAUGAUUAUCUUUGUGCUAGAUUAGGGAUUGAACUCAACAAACUACAACGAACUUGAACGACUCAGGCAUAGCUACUGACCAAUCACCAGCGAGAUAUCUUCUGCACCUCGACUUCCAUAAAGACGUGACACAAAACUCACCCUGGCUUCGGAUACAGUUAUACACCGGACUGCAAAAGUCUGUACACCCUUAAGACAAGAUAAAAAUAAGAAAUUUAAUGUACUGUAGAACAUUCUGGAUCAUGUCCACCGUUCCACAACCUCAAGUUGCAUUAUGUUUUUGGAUUGUUGCAGGACAAUUAGAUUGUUGUGCUACAAGUUGAUCUGAAUUGUCCCAGAGUGACCUUCUCUAUUCAAAUAAAAACACAAAGAUUCCUCACUUCA